CUGGGAGCACUGCUGUCGUCGACUCCAACACACAUCACCACCGCUGCCACGCUGCUGCUGCCCUCGACGUGACGCGCUCCGCCCCGCCCCGCCGCCGUUUGCCAGUCCGCUCGUUCCCUCUCCAGUCGCACGCACGCCUCGCACUUUCCCGUUUGCGGCGCGGUGCCCGCCCAGCCGCCAGCAAGCUUCGCCCUGGUUCCCCAAUUGCAGCACGACCACUCCUUGCGCUGUCCGCCUCUUCUCUGCCACACAACACACACCUGGCUGCCGAGCUGAAACCCAUCGCGAGCGUCGUCGCUCUCAGACGACAUGGCGGACGCGAGCGCUGAGUCCAUUCAGCAGAAGAUCCAAAUAGCGCGGAGGGACGCGGAGGCGCUCAAGGACCGGAUAAAGCGCAAGAAGGAUGAGCUCGCAGACACCACACUGCGCGAUGUUGCGCGGCAACGCACCGAACAGCUCCCACGACUGGCCAUGAAGACCAAGCGCACCCUCAAAGGUCACUUGGCCAAGAUUUACGCGAUGCACUGGUCGACCGAUCGAAGACAUCUCGUGUCCGCUUCGCAGGACGGCAAGCUCAUCAUUUGGGAUGCCUACACUACCAAUAAGGUGCACGCCAUUCCCUUGCGAUCAUCGUGGGUCAUGACUUGCGCAUAUUCUCCUAGCGGCAACUACGUCGCAUGCGGUGGCUUGGACAACAUUUGCUCCAUCUAUAAUCUAUCAGCCAGAGAAGGCCCCACCCGGGUGGCUCGUGAGCUCAGCGGUCACUCUGGCUAUCUCUCGUGCUGUCGCUUCAUUAAUGACCGGCGCAUCCUGACAUCGUCUGGAGACAUGACUUGUGUGCUCUGGGACAUUGAGACCGGUCAGAAGAUUACAGAAUUUGCAGACCACUUGGGAGACGUCAUGAGUCUGAGCAUAAAUCCGCUGGAUAACAACCAGUUUGUGUCUGGCGCUUGUGAUGCAUUCGCUAAGCUUUGGGACAUUCGACAACAGAAGUGCACCCAGACUUUCGCCGCCCACGACUCUGAUAUCAAUGCGAUCCAGUUCUUCCCCAACGGCAAUGCGUUCGGCACUGGUUCUGACGAUGCGUCCUGCCGUCUAUUUGAUAUCCGCGCAGACCGCGAACUCCAGGCAUAUACAAUCGGAGAACCUGUCUGUGGUAUCACAUCCGUCGCCUUCUCGGUGUCAGGAAGGUUGCUCUUUGCUGGUUACGAUGAUUUUGAAUGCAAGGUCUGGGACGUACUCCGGGGCGAGAGAGUUGGCACUCUGCAAGGCCAUGACAAUCGUGUCAGUUGUCUGGGCGUCAGUAACGAUGCCAUGUCAUUAUGCACAGGCUCUUGGGAUUCAAUGCUUCGCGUUUGGGCAUGAUCCACAUUAUUGUCGCAGCGUGCAUGUCCAGCAGAAGACAGGCCCUGAGCGACGCCGUCUCCAACCUUUCCAACACUGCUCCGCUGUCUGUCUGGACUCUCCCUUCACGAACGGGCCGCACACCGCAAUGACCAACCUCGAUGUCGAGAGCAGACGGCGCUUCUGUAUGAUGCGAAAUGCGAGUUCAGCCACAAGUACUGAGCCGUGCAAACGACAUUUCCAUCAUUGGUGCAACGUAUUCAGAAAAUCGGCGCACGAAAUGACGAACUUCCUACUACAAUGCCCGGCAGGGCAACAUCUUUCUUCAAAUCAGUCAGCUUGCGUAUGGUACUGCGGACGGGCAGAGCACGGGGGCUCUGAGCCCAGACGUAGUUCUUGGGGUCUUGUAUCAGGCGGCAGGAUCUUCUUUUGUAUCAGCUGGCAGCAUGUCCCGGUGUUUCUAGUAGCUGUAAGGGACAACUCCAAGCAAAAAGGAUUCAAAAGCUGGGCUCUUUUCACGGCAUCUAAGCGUCUUGUAUUAUUCUCGUUACCUAGAGACCCCAAAGUGUUGGACGGGAGGAAGGGAAUUGGCACUAUCAUAACACCC